AUGGCGGAAGAUUCACAAAUAAAAAUAGUGAAUGGUGCUGCUGGUUAUGUUCUUGAAGAUGUGCCUCACUUAACUGACUAUAUUCCUGAUCUCGCUACGUAUCCGAAUCCGUUGCAAGACAAUCCAGCUUAUUCAGUAGUCAAGCAGUACUUUGUUAAUGUGGAUGAUACUGUUGCCGAAAAGAUUGUUGUUCAUAAGAACAGUCCAAGAGGAAUACACUUUCGACGUGCUGGACCACGUCAAAAGGUGUAUUUUGAGUCAGGUGAGGUGCAUGCGUGUAUAGUGACUUGCGGGGGUUUAUGUCCUGGCCUCAACACAGUGAUCAGGGAAAUUGUGUGUGGCCUUUACAAUAUGUAUGGUGUCAACAAGGUCCUUGGGAUUGAUGGAGGCUACAAGGGUUUCUAUGCCAAGAACACCAUUACUUUAACUCCUAAGGUUGUCGAUGACAUCCAUAAACGUGGUGGUACAAUCCUGGGGACAUCAAGAGGUGGUCAUGAGACAUCAAAGAUAGUUGACAGUAUUCAGGAUCGUGGGAUUAAUCAGGUUUAUGUAAUUGGAGGUGAUGGAACUCAAAAAGGAGCAGCAGUGAUUUAUGAGGAAAUUAGAAGACGCGGCCUCAAAGUUGCAGUUGCUGGAAUUCCCAAAACCAUUGAUAAUGACAUUCCUGUCAUCGACAAGUCCUUCGGUUUUGAUACUGCAGUCGAGGAAGCUCAACGUGCAAUUAAUGCAGCACAUGUUGAGGCUGAAAGUAUCGAGAAUGGCAUUGGUGUUGUGAAGCUGAUGGGACGCUACAGUGGUUUCAUUGCAAUGUAUGCUACUCUUGCCAGCCGAGAUGUGGAUUGCUGUUUGAUUCCUGAGUCACCCUUCUUUCUUGAAGGAAAAGGUGGACUAUUUGAAUUCAUUAAAAAUCGCCUUAAAGAAAAUGGACACAUGGUUAUCGUUCUUGCUGAAGGAGCAGGACAGGAUCUUCUUGCGAAGAGCUUGCAAUCUAUGAACCAGCAAGAUGCUUCAGGAAACAAGCUGCUUCAAGAUGUUGGGUUGUGGAUAUCUCAGAAAAUUAAGGAUCAUUUUACAAGGGAACGUAAGAUGGUCAUAAAUCUCAAAUAUAUAGAUCCUACGUACAUGAUACGUGCUGUUCCAAGCAUUGCAUCUGAUAAUGUCUACUGCACACUCCUUGCUCACAGUGCAGUUCAUGGAGCAAUGGCCGGGUAUACAGGCUUUACAGUUGGACCUGUCAAUGGUCGACAUUCUUACAUUCCUUUCAAGCUUAGAGCCCUCAUCACGAGUCUGAUGGGCAGAUUGCUAGUUGGGUCUCCUCGUGCUGGAGAUUUUAUUGGCCAGACUUGUCCUGUGAAUGACUUGCGCAUUACAGAGAAGCAGAAACAGGUUGUAAUUACUGACAGGAUGUGGGCAAGACUCCUUUCUUCAACUGACCAGCCAAGCUUCAUAUGCCCCAGAGUUGUUGCUGAAAGCAGGAAAAAUCACGACGAACCUCCGACCCAGUUAUUGGAUGGCGACAGCUGUAAGGAGACACACGAGUAA